AUGCCGACACCGGAGCAAGCCUCAGAAUUGAGCAAUAUUCACAUACCCGAUGCAAACGAGGCCUCACGUAGUAUUGACCGAACAAACUACAAAUCGACUGAUGUCUUGAAGGAGGUCUGGACAGGUCUUGGUCUACCCAAGACCUCUUCGACAGCUGUCAGGCUUCCUGGUAAAGAAGGCCCAGCCCUUCCUUCGUCAUUCAAAAUCGGAAUCCUCGGACAAGCCUCUAUCGGGCUUUCUGCGCUUGCGGCUGCUCAGGUUCAUGCCUUGCGAAACAAGAUCCCCCUUCCUACAGUCACGGUGCCGCUCGAGCACGCAGUCGUAGAGUACAGGUGCGAAAGAUUAUAUACCGUUUCUGACGAGCUUGCUUCUUCAUCAGGGGGCGCUAUCGGUGGAUUGCAUAAGACCUCAGAUGGCUACGUUCGAAUCCAUGACGGAUUUCCAAACCAUGUUCAAGGUACUCUUGACUUGCUUGGCUUGAAAGCUGGUGCAACUCGGGACCAGGUAUCUCAGCAGACUGCAGAUUGGGCUAGUAUUGAUUUGGAGAACUGUGGAACGGCAGAGGGUAAAGUCGCGAUAUAUGCUCUGCGCUCAUACCGUCAGUGGGAUAAGCUCCCCCAGUCGAGGGCCAUCAGCAACUUCCCUAUUAGCAUCAAGCAGGUCUCUCAGUUGUCUCCAGUUGGGCUGCCAAGUACGAUGCAGCCUGGCAAUCUCAAGUGCCUACAAGGUCUUCGGGUUGUUGAGAUGAGUCGGGUGAUUGCUGCACCGUUAUGCGGCAAGACCUUGGCGGCCCAUGGAGCCGAGGUUAUUUGGGUGACUUCACCAACACUGCCAGAUCUGCCGAGGGUUGACCGGGAAUUUGGGCGAGGUAAAAAGACUGUCCAACUUGACAUUCACAAGUCUGAGGAUCGAAAGCAGCUCCUCAACCUUCUCAAGGACUGCGAUGUGUUUGUUCAAGGUUAUCGACCUGGAAGUCUUGCCUCAUACGGUCUGUCCCAAGAUGAGUUGAGGAAGAUCAAUCCAACCAUCAUCAUAGCCAACAUGUCUGCUUUCGGCCCGGAAGGUCCAUGGUCAGGCCGUCGUGGAUUUGACUCGCUUGUGCAAACAUGUUCGGGCAUGAAUGUCUCUGAAGCUGAACACGCUGGAAAGGGCGAGGCUGCUCGCCCAACACCUUGCCAGGCCCUCGACCAUUCAGGUGGCUAUAUGCUUGCAGUUGGCGUCAUGGCUGCUGUGUAUCAUCGUGCUGUCAACGGCGGUUCAUGGAGAGUCGACGUUUCAUUGGCGGGUAUGAUGAAGUAUUUGAGAAGCCUCGGCCAGUACCCUGGAGCGAGUGGUUUUGAAGCGAAAGACUUUGAAAAGCCCGAUGAUGUGCCUGAGGAUUAUUUCGAGAUCCAGGAAACAGGCUUUGGCACCAUGAAGUCCAUCAGGCACAGUGCUACUAUUGAGGGUCUAGAGGUUGGCUGGGAUAUUAUGCCAAAGCCACUUGGCUCCGAUAAGCCUGCGUGGGAUUAA